AUUUACAUGUUGCAGCAUGGCUCAAAAAGAAGCUAGCUAGUUAUCUGUGUCGUCUGCCUUCCCAUAUUUCCUUUGAAAAUAUAAAAACAAGCAUGAUUCAUUGGGUAACCUAAGUCUAAAGAUGACUACCGCCAUACUUUCUGCACUUAAUAUUCUCAUUAAACCACUCGGGGAGGCAGCAGGGCGAAAUACAAAUCUCACACAGCAGGAAGCGCUCGUGGCUGCGCUGCAGACCAACCUAAAUCUGUUGGAGGAGCGUCUCCAUGGAGAGAGGGAGCUUGAGGAGUUGCGCGGGCUGAGGGAGGAGGUGCAGGCUAAGGCUACCUGGGUGUGUAGGAACAGCCAUGACCCCACGUGGAGCUUUGUUCAGGAGGCUCUCCUGUUGCUGCUCAGCCUGUCUCGCCACCUCGCCCUGCAGCUGCAGCUGUUCAACCAAGCCCCGCCUCCAGCCGCCAGACUGCCCACCCCUGAGAUGGCCCCUCCCCUCCCUCCGGACGUGCUGAGCGUGAGCCAGCAGAAGACGCUGGGCGCCGCGCUGCAGUUCGUGGUGUCACUGGGCCUCUGCCCCUACCUGGCGCCCGGGGUGGGGGUGCCCCUGGGGCGUCGCACGGCGCUGGGCUCUGUGGCGGAGGGGCUGGUGCGCGCCCACGCCGCACCUGCUCCCCAACGCCGCCUCCUCACCACCACUAGGGUCCUGCUGGAGCUGGCGGAGCUCUCCUCCCUCGCCACCCUGGUCUUCACCCGUCACCUCGGCGACGUGAUGGCGGCGCUGUGCCAGCUGGGGUACCGACCCAAGCGCCACGAGGGGGCCGGGGCCAGAGAGGAAAAGGAACUCAGCACAGAGGAACGCCAGUCCUGUCGACAGGCCCUGCAAAGCCUUCUGGGUAAAGUCUACCAGCCAAUUGUCAUCAAGGAGCUGCUAAUCCUCCAAGGGGGUCCCAAACAGGCCCCUCCAGGCAGAGCGCCCGGGGGCCCCCCAGGGACGGGUGCAGGUGGUGGGGCCGUCCUGGGCCAGGCCCCCCCGUGGCUGAGGCGACUGUGUGGCCAGCUGCUGUCUGAGCGUCUGAUGCAGCCUGGUGGGGUCCAGGCUGUGGUGAGGGCCGUCCUGGAGGGCAGCGCAGGGGGAGACUCAGACUGGAGGACGUGUGAUGGGGUGGCCAGGAUCCUGGCAGCCUGUCCCCAGCAGAGCCUCUCUGCAGACAGCUACUACAGGCUGGUGUGCCCCCAGGUCGUGGAGCUGCUCCACAUCAGGGACAAGAUAACGGCCCAGCAGUUCCAGCGCGUGGCCACCAGGGCGGCGCUCACCAUGGUCGAGGACAGGCCAGAGUUUGCCCAGCGGUACCUCCUGGACCCCCUGCUGAGCCCCCUCCAGCGGUGCAGCGGGGUCAAGGGGGAGUGUAAAGAUCAAGGCCCGGUGGAGGAGAGGGACUUGACGCGCUGUGUUGAGGAUGUUUUCAAGGUGUGCGUUGUGGGGAACCGCCCGUCCCCGGUCCUGCUGGAGGCCCUGGGAGGCCUGGUUCCUGUCCUCUUCGCCCUGUUCUGUUUCACCAAGCAGAAUGUCUCCCACCUCCGUGCCCCCUGCCAGGAGAUUCUGCUGUGGUACCUGACCCACUGUGACCCCCCCGCGGCCCUGGCUGUGCUGAGGAAGCUGUCUGGUCUGGGAGGGGCGGCGGGCGGGGGGGCCGGGGGCGUGGCCCCACGGUUCACCUUCUGCCCUGGCAGCGAGGGAGGGGCCAAGGUCACCGCCCAGGAAAACAGCAGUGACGAGGACGAGGCCCUGUACGAGAGGCUGUCUGGGGAGCAGUGGAGGCUGGAGUGUCUGGUCCAGCUGCUGGGACAGCUGAAGGACAGCAUCCUGCCGGGGGAGCUCUUCCUGGGGCUUCUGCAGGAGCUGACUUCCUGGGCCGCGGAGGAAGAGGCAGAGGAGGAGCAGGAAGUGGACGUGUCGGCCAUGACUCUGCUGGAGGCGGAGCAGCAUCGUGAGGGGCGUGUGGAGGGGCGGGGUCACAGGCUGGCGCUGCUGCAGCUGCUGGCUGUUCUGUCGGAGGGCCUACCACACACACUGUUGCUCCGCGAGCCCACCCAGGUGGUGGUGUUCAUGGAGUCCCUGCUCCAGCGAGCCUGUGUGGGUCUGGCUCAGGGUCCUGGUACCGAGGGCCCAGUGGAGAGCCAGACCCUCAGAAUGGGGAUAGGCCUGGUGGCUGCCAUGCUGUCUGGACCUCAGCUGAAGGGGGAGGAUUACUCCUCCAUGUCCAGGCUCCUCCCCCCCCUGGAGGAGCUAUCCCAGAAGCACCCUGACCGGGUCAUCCAGGAGCUGGCGUCCGACCUGCGGGCCGUCAUUGCCACGCACGGCGCCUACCGCCCGGACAACCUCGCGCACGCCCCCCGGCGACAAGACCACGCCCCUCAAACUCACAGGACCCAUGUUCAAGGAAGGCCCCAGUCCAGCCAAUCAGACACAUCCAGCCCCCAGUCACAGACCAGCCAAUCCGACGCCUCCAUGGCUGCAGCACCACAGACGCACAUCUCCAACCUAACCACACCCUCCCCACACACAGGCAAACCUCCACCCCAGCCCCCCAGAACCCAGCCCCCCCAUGCCUGGAGUCCCUCACCAGCCCAGAGCGGAGCCCCCCGCCCUGGGCAGACAGCACCGCUCCAGACCCCCAGGGGGUCAGCUGGAGGUGGGGUCGGUCCUGACAGGGGGCCGUCAGAAGGACGUGGGCUGAGCAGCGGCCCCCUGAGUAUGAGCUUCUCUGAUUGGCUGCUGGAGGCGUGUGACCCUGAUGUGCCCACCAGGGCGGUGGCAUUGAGGGCCGUGACCUGGCUGGUGGUGGAGAGGGACGCCGAGGCCGUCCAGGCCCAGGACAAGCUCCUCUCGCUGUUCCUUGAGAACUUGGAUCACGAGGACUCUUUUGUGUACCUGUCUGCUAUUCAAGGUUUGGCGGUGCUUGCAGACUCCUACCCAGAAAAGAUCCUGCAAAGGCUUCUGGGAGAGUACGACCCCUCCCCCCUGUCCGGUCCCCCGCCCCAGACCCCCCCAGACCCCCCCAGGAGUCUGGAGACACGCCUCAAAGUGGGAGAGGUUCUGAUGAGGGCCAGCCGGGCCAUGGGUGAGCUGGCCCCCCAUCUGGGGCGCCCCCUGCUGGUGGUGUUCCUGAGGGGCACCAGGGACGAGGACCACAGCGUGCGAGCCAGCUGCCUCGCCAACCUGGGGGAGCUUUGCCAGCGGCUGGACUACGCCCUGGGGCCCUUGGUACAGGAGCUGAGUACCUGUUUGACAUCCCUGAUAAAGAGCGAGAAGGAGGCGGAGGUGAGGAGAGCAGCUGUCCAUGUGAUCACCUUGCUGCUUAGGGGCCUGAGUCACAAAACCACCCAGGUCCUGAGUGAGGUUCUGCUGGACCUGUACCGGGCUCUGAAGUGGGCGGUGCGGUCUGACCGCGACCCCGUCACGGUGCUCCACGCCCAGCUGGCCCUGGAGGAGCUCGAUGACAUCAUGAAGACGUACCUCUUCCCCCGGCAGAAACUGGAGAAGAAGAUUGUGGUCCUGCCCUGAGAACAGCUGGCCUGGACACAGAGGGACUAACAUAAGUCACCUCCAUAAUGACACAGGCCGAGCUUGUGUAGACACAUAUCUUCACCUUUUCUGCGUGAACCCAAACCUAAAGGCUUUUGAUCAUGAAUUCAGUUAAUCCACCACCUACACAGCAGACAAUAAACUAUUUUGAAACUAAA